AUGCAGGUUCAUGGCAAGUUGCGCAAGCGCAACCAGCGAGGAGCUGACAACGGCGCGAAUCCCAGCUUGAAUAGUGAGGAAGUCAUGGAAACCACGUUCUUAGAAACAAUGCUACUCGAAACUGGAUACGGGUCUCGCGAACUGGGUAGUAGAGAGAAUUUCUCGGUCGGAGGAACACGAAAAGAUAAUAUCCCACGGUCACGACCAUUGAUUCCAACAAAAGAUGGAGGUCACUAUUAUGAGACCCCAGAUCUAAGUGCAUAUGCAUAUACCCCAAACAUGACGGCUGCUCACGCGACCAACAAGGCUCGUUCAGCGGACGAAAUGACUAGAGGUAGCACGAAGGCAGAACUCGAGCGCUUGAAGCAGGACUCGCAAAUCCCAGCUGUCCUUGACGGAUCUGGAGAUUCGCCUUGUCCUUUUUUCCAAGGCCCAGCCAAACCACAGGACAAUCGAGCGAGGGUACUACGUACUCAGAAGACUUUCGAGUAUCCAAAGGAGCGUAUCGAUCUCGCGGACAGAUUGGUCCAGACUCUCGCAAGCAAUCAGACUUAUGCGGGGACUGGGAGACCUGGGGGCUUAUCACAAGCACGCCAGAAUUCGAAGGAGAAAUACGACACCACUACCUUCAAUAACGAUGUGUGGUACUCUUCAGAUGAUCUCUCGUUACACUACAGCACGGAUACAGUUCUUGCAGAUUCAAACGCUGUGAAAGACGCAGCUCAUGUGUAUGCUGCAAAGUCACCGAAAGUAGAUAGCACUCGUUCUCCUAAUCCCAGCCUCGCCUCUCAGACUUAUAAGAGAGGUGGUACUAGGACAGGAGCGAGAGACCAAGUGAACGCUGCUUAUCCGGUCAGAGGACAGCACACUGAAGGCAAUAUUUCCCCCAAUAACCAAGCGCAGGCCGCUUAUGGCAAGAAACCAGGACGACCUGAUAGGAUCCAGGAUGAUUGGUAUGCGGCAUCAACUCAGGCCCAGAGACGACCCAAAGACUUGAAAAAGGCAGUUUCAACCUGGGAGAUGCAAUCUAGACCGAAUGCCCCCUCCCUGGCCCAUGCCCUGGGGAUGACUUGGGUUGGCAGUGACAAGUUGCCGAAGGAACCCGUCCGCGAGGAUCACUUGUCGUCCUUGCCAGUUCAGAACUAUGCUCCUCCAGACACGAUUGUGGAAACCAGACAAUCAGUUCUGAGUAUAUCGACAGGGCCAGGACCAGAUGUCGGCAACCGCGGGCGAAUCCCUCCAAGUCUGAGCAUGAACCGUUUCGAAUCGAUGCAGCCGGUCGUCCUCGACAAGACUUUGCGCGCAGAUCAGUCUUUGCAGCCAUACAUGGCGCCAGAAUCUGCUCAGUAUUCUGUACAGCAUCCUGGACAGUAUUCUGCAGCAGGGUACAACGAUUCGAAUUACUUUCAUCAAGUGGCCGAAUCAUCCAACGCCUCGUCCAUACGUACAAUGGGGACGCCGAAGAGCGUCUAUAGAGUAGAUGAUCCAUAUCCUAGUGGAACGGCAACCGCUCCUAAUAGACGAGGGUCAAACUCCUCUCUUUCGAGCAAAGUUCUGAAAAUGCAAGAUAUGGCUUGGAUCGAUAUGAGCUCGAAAGCCAGAGUGCUUGAAAAAUUCUCAACCAUCGGUACCGGAUGCGAGAAACUUUGUGCGAUGACAGCUGAGCUCCUGCAAGCAAAUGAUGCCAAAUCGCUUCGUGAUAAAAUCAUGACAAAGGAAGCCUUCAAGAUGACAGCCUCUGCUGUUCACGCUGAAAUAGGGGCAAUCAACAAAGUCGUAAAAGACUGCAUCGAGGAGAUGGAGUCGAAUCCACAGCCAUUCGCACAGUACGAGGCUCAGAAUGCGCCCCAAGAAGCCUUCAGAAUACUCUCCAAGAACCUUCAGAAUGUUGGUAUGGCUAUCAGGGAUCUAGGCCGCGAUGAGAAGUCGGUGGCUCGUAUGAAAAGCCUCAUUUCGAGUAUGGAGAAAGGCGCCAAGUCCCUCAGAUACGACGCAGAGCGCCUUUUGCUUCUUGCCGAACGCCAUAUCUUUGCAGAGAAGACCAAACCUGCGAAGGUUGGCCUUCACCAUUCGGCUAUUCAGCACCUUCUCGUGGCUGAACAGACCUGGGAGAAGGUCAUGCAUGGCAAACGCAAGUGGUGA